AUGAAGGCUGAACUGUUGUCCAUCAUGGACGACAUCAAGGUCAUGACGGGCUGUUCUGACCAUGAUCUGGACGACAGGCUCGAUUUCGCGAGCCAGAGCGGCGGCCAGCUCGCCGCCGUGCUGGACCGCAUGCGCCUCUCCACCCGCGAGAAGCCACACGUCCUCGUCGCGUACGUGUACAUCUUGUACAUGGCCCCCUUCGCCGGCGGCAGGGUCAGGCUGUUCGGCCAGUGGGAACCCCGACUCACGACCGCCCAAAGGGACGAUAUCGUCGACGGGGCCGUCGCCAUCUUUGACGGGAUGGAUGGCCUCGUGUGCGAACUCAAGUGGCGCGUCCCCAGCCUCCACAAGCUGACUGAGGACAGCCGUAGAGAGCCCGUGCGUGACUGUAAGCACGGAGAGCCCAUGAAUGAGGAUACCGAACUGGCAACGGGGCAAUGUCCCUUCAUGGCCGCCAGCCAUCACCCCCCUCAACAUCGUGAGACGGCAUGGGCAGUUUCGGUUGGACUUCUGGUAGUCCUGGCUGCCUUGAUCCAUUGCAUCUUUCUUACUGUCCAGAACAGGGAACCGGCCCGGGACUAUGACUUGUUCACGUGGAUGUACUAG